AUGCCCACAGCAGGGAAGCCAGGUCCGAACCCGCUGAACCCCAUCCUGGCCCUUCGCACCUCACCUGCCUUCCCGGCCUGCCUCUUCUCCCAGACCCAGGGCAGCACGGAGCCUGCGGAGAACAGUCAGAGGGUGGACGUCGCUCGGAGCAUGACCGUCAUCCCGCCCGUCACCAUCUUCCCCGCCAUGAGCUCCCUGAACCCCGCGCACAACGGGCGGGUGUGCAGCACCUGGGGCGACUUCCACUACAAGACCUUCGACGGCGACGUCUUCCGCUUCCCGGGCCUGUGCAACUAUGUCUUCUCCGCGCACUGCGGGGCCGCCUACGAGGACUUCAACGUCCAGGUCCGCCGCGGCCUGGCCGGCUCCAGGCCUGUCAUCACCCACAUCGUCCUCAAGACCCAGGGGCUGGUGCUGGAGGCCUCUAACGGCUCCAUCCUCAUCAAUGGGCGGCGGGAGCAGCUGCCUUACAGCCGUGCUGGCGUCCUGGUAGAGCAGAGCAGCGUCUACAUCAAGGUCGACGUCCGGCUGGUCCUGACUUUCCUGUGGAACAGAGAGGACGGCGCGCUGCUGGAGCUGGACCCCAAGUAUGCCAACCAGACAUGUGGUCUGUGUGGGGACUUCAACGGACUCCGGGCUGUCAACGAGUUCUACUCCCAUAACGCCAGGCUGACCCCUCUGCAGUUCGGGAAUCUCCAGAAGCUGGACGGGCCCACAGAGCAAUGCCAGGACCCCCGGCCUCCCCCCACCACCAACUGCACAGACAGGGAGGGCAUCUGCUACCGCACCCUGCUCGGCCCGGCCUUCGCGGACUGCAACAUGCUGUUGGACCCUGCCGCGUACGUGGCCGCCUGCACCCAGGAUCUGUGCCGCUGCCCCGACUGCCCGUGCGCCACCUUCGCCGAGUACUCACGCCAGUGUGCCCAUGCGGGGGGACAGCCCCAGAACUGGAGGGGCCCUGACCUCUGCCCCUGGACCUGUCCCCUCAACAUGCAACAGCGGGAAUGCGGCUCCCCCUGCGAGGACACCUGCUCCAACCCGGAGCGCUCCCAGCUCUGCGAGGAGCACUGUGUGGACGGCUGCUUCUGCCCCCCAGGCACGGUGCUGGACGACGUCACCCACACGGGCUGCCUGCCCCUGGAACAGUGUCCCUGCACCCACGGCGGCCACACCUACGCCCCGGGGGCCUCCUUCACCACCAGCUGCAGCUCCUGCACCUGCUCCGGGGGACUGUGGCGAUGCCAGAACCUUCCGUGCCCUGGCACCUGCUCUGUCCAGGGGGGGUCUCACAUCUCCACCUAUGACGAGAGGCUCUAUGAUGUGCACGGGGACUGUAGCUACGUCCUGUCCAAGAUAUGUGCAGGUCACAGCCUCACCGUGUUGGCCGAGCUGCGGAAAUGCGGCCUGACGGACAAUGAGAACUGCCUCAAAAUGGUGACGCUCAGCAUGAACGGCGGGGACACGAUCAUCCAGAUCCAGGCCAGCGGCGGGGUAUUCAUCAACUCCAUCUACACCCAGCUGCCCGUGUCAGCAGCCAACAUCACGGUCUUCAGGCCCACCUCCUUCUUCAUCCUGGUGCACACGGGCCUCGGGCUGCAGCUACAGGUGCAGCUGGUGCCCCUCAUGCAGGUGUUCCUCAGGCUGGACCCCUCCUACCGUGGACAGAUGUGCGGCCUGUGCGGGAACUUCAACCAGAACCAGGCCGACGACUUCCGGGCCCUCAGCGGCGUGGUGGAGGGCACGGCUGCCGCCUUCGCCAACACCUGGAAGACCCAGGCCGCCUGCCCCAACGUCAAGAACACCUUCGAGGACCCCUGCUCCCUCAGCGUGGAGAACGAGAACUACGCCCAGCACUGGUGCUCCCUGCUGACUGACCCAGCCGGAGCCUUCUCGCCCUGCCACUCCGUCCUCAGCCCAGCGCCCUUCCACUCGCACUGCAUGUUCGACACGUGUAACUGUCAGAAGAGCGAGGACUGUCUGUGUGCGGCCCUGUCCUCCUACGUGCACGCCUGUGCCGCCAAGGGGGUGCUGCUCCGCGGCUGGAGGGACGGCGUGUGCACCAAGUAUGUAAGCAGCUGCCCCAAGUCCCAGAACUACAGCUACGUGGUGGACAGCUGCCAGCCCACCUGCCGCGCUCUGAGCCAGGUCGACGUCACCUGCGGUGUCACCUUCGUGCCCGUGGACGGCUGCAUCUGCCCCUCGGGCACCUUCCUGGAUGACUCGGGCACCUGCGUGUCUGCCGAGGCCUGUCCCUGCUACUUCCGUGGCUCUGUGGUGGCCCCGGGGGAGGUGGUCCAUGACAACGGCGUGGUAUGCUCCUGUGUGGGUGGGCGGCUGAGUUGCCUGGGAGCAGCAGAGCACUUGAGCUCAGGGUGUGCGGCCCCCAUGGUGUACCUGGACUGCGGCAAGGCCCCGGCCGGCGCGCCCGGGGCCGAAUGUCUCCGGAGCUGCCACACGCUGGACGUGGACUGUUUCAGCACGCACUGCGUGUCCGGCUGCGUCUGCCCCCCGGGGCUGGUGUCGGACGGGAGCGGGGGCUGCGUGGCCGAGGAGGACUGUCCUUGCCUGCACAACGGGGCUGCCUACAGGCCCGGGGAGACCGUCAGGGUCGACUGUAACACCUGCACGUGCAGGAACCGCAGGUGGCAGUGCGGCAGCAAGGCCUGCCUGGGCACCUGCGUGGCCUACGGGGACGGCCACUUCAUCACCUUCGACGGCGAGCGCUACAGCUUUGAAGGGAGUUGCGAGUACACGCUGGCGCAGGACUACUGUGGGGGCAAUGGCACCGGCUCCGCAAACGGGACCUUCCGCGUUGUCACUGAAAACGUCCCCUGCGGGACCACAGGUGUCACCUGCUCCAAGGCCAUCAAGCUCUUCCUGGAGAACUAUGAGCUGAUCCUGCGGGAGGGCACCUACAAGGUGGUGCAGAGGGGCCCAGGCGGAAACCUGCCCUACAAGAUCCAGUACACGGGCAUCUACCUGACGGUCGAGACCCGCAGCGGCGUCGCGGUGUCCUGGGACCGGAAGACCAGCGUGUUCAUCCGACUACAGCAGGGCUACAAG